AUGUUUUGUGACACAUUGCUGCAGUAUUUCCCUUUUAUCUCCGAACAUAAAGAACUUCGUUCAAGUUACAUUGCCAUCUGUGUCUUCAAUAAUCUCCUAACUUAUACCGCUGUCAUGUUGAACAUUGUUACGAUGCACGCCAUACGAAAAUCUUCGUCGUGGCCAAAGACGACAAAGACUUUGCUUUUGAGUCUGGGUGUUUCUGAUGUCGGUGUUGGUUUAUUUGUUCAGCCUUUCUACACAUCACUUCUGGUCAGCUGGCUGCAGAAAAACAGCCCAACUUGCUUCUCUUAUCGUAUGUUUAGUAACGUUGGUCUUGUAUUUUCCCAAGCUUCAUUCCUGGGUGUUGUGGCCGUAAGUUUAGACAGGUUCUUAGCUGUUCAUCUUCAUCUCAGAUACCAGGAACUUGUGACACACAAGCGUGUUGUUGCCGUGGUGACUUCAAUCUGGGUCUUGAGUGCAUUUGUUUCUUUUAUAAUAUUAAGUGGUCUGCGUGUUAUACAGAUCGCAAUGCAGUCCAUUGCAGUACUAACUGGUCUUGCUGUGACCACAGUGGUUUAUAUUAAGCUUUAUUUAGUUGUGAGGCGCCAUAAAACUCAGAUCCAUUCCUUGCAAGUAGAAGGAGUUCCGUCUGGUGAAAUGACACAAUUAGCUGGCCUUAUAAAAUCUUCAGUUAGUACAUUUCACGUGUAUGUAGCGUUUUUGGUUUGUUAUUUGCCUUACUGGAUCUGCUUGACUGCCGUGAGAUUCAACGGUCCGACCACAACAUUGAAAAGAUUUCAUCUUUUCUCAUUGAUUCUUAUUUUCGUGAAUUCAUCUCUGAACCCUGUAAUUUACUGCUGGAAGAUGAGACACAUCCAACGCGCUAUCAUGGAUAUACUACGGAAUAUGGCUUGGAAAAUCAGCCUACACCGAGUGUAGCAAAGGGAAGUCCUGAGCCAGUUUUACGCAUGGAUUUAAGAAAAAUGUAAGCUUCACGUGUGCUUUAAACAGCAUUUCACGCCUCAUGAAUUUAAAAGGGAAAACUUCUGAUCUCUCUUCUGGUGUGCGAGCUUUUAGGAAAAGAUUGACUGGAAGUGCAUAAAAAUAGUGGAGUAGUGGCUUGUUGUGCAGUUGGCCAAUCAUGGCGUCUCUCGAUGAUGCUGUUUGAAACAUGCUGCAGUAUACUUUCAAUUAUUUAAAGCCUGCGCGAAAACACAAUGAAACCAAAAUUCUCAUGACUGUGUUUCGCACAUUUACUUUUAUUUCGAUGUCGAUAAUUCAAACUUGUUGCUGUGACUUUAGUUUCCUUCUGAGCCAAUCUUUUAUUCACCCAUGAAACUCAAAUAACAAAUUACCGGACGGAAGUUGACCGAAGACGACAAAACCUUUAAAGAUGAUGGGUAAGGAGAAAGAUUUAAAACGUUAUGUGCGCCUUUUCAAUUUUCACGGACCUACCGUUUCCUUUAAAGCAGGCUGCAUGCGCAAACUUUAUCGGUGCGAUAGUUACUGAUUAGUCAGUAGUUUCCCGCAGAUUAUUCCGCCUUGUAUCCAAAAGCGCCUUUUUUGUGUAAGUUUUUCUAGAUUACUUCAGUUGGUGGAGACGCGAAGAGAAGUUAGCUUUCCGCGCUAGUCUAUCUUUCUCUGAAUCUUAAAAGAGCUAACUAAUGACAAUUUGAAUAUAAAUAUUCCAAAAAGGUAAAUUAAUUUGAAUAUUUCUAAAACCGCAUUAUGACAGAUGUUGUUCUAUUUAUCUUUCUGGCAUAUUAAGUGCUUGGCAUAUUUAAUCAGCGAUGGUGCCAUCUCCUCGACACUUUUGUAGCAUCCCCUCUUCCUUAUUAUCUGACCUCCUUGGUGACUGCUCUCAAAUGAGAUUCUAUGCCUUUAAAUGUAGUUACGCAUUGUUUUAGUCUUAGUAAUAUGAAACAAUACCGCCGUCGUUUGGUUAAUUAUCGUCUAUUCAAUGCAACUGUAGAUGGAUAUCGAUUAGGUGUCCACCAUGAAGUCUCCUUUUUAAAUACUUUUUGUCAGUACUUUAGCAAAUAUAUACCUCUCUACCAAAAUUGGUUGGUGACAACCUACCUCAUUUUAAUUCAUUUCCAUUCAACCAGAUGGGGUAUCGUAAAGUGUCUAAAGAAAGAAUUUUUUUUCGGUUGCGAACCUAGCAGCUUUCUUUGCUGAGGAUUAACACGUUUGAGAGUCCUGUCACUCAAAACUUUGACUUUCGCGACGUUUCUCGAUUCAAGGCAUUACUCCAACAAACAAAUGCCCACCCAUUAACUGUUUUGUGUGACAACCACUUCCUAAAAUGUAGAAAUAGCAUUAGGUUGAGAUAAAGCCCAAAUGAGAAGAAAUUUUUAUGCUAUCAUCGUAAAACAUGUAAUUUCCCCAAAGUUGCCUUGGAGAAUUUGCGGAGAUUCGUGCCGUCAAUAAUAAUGAACGAUUUGCAGUGUAAGAAGUUUCAGCAGUAUUAUCCCUCUCUUCCCGACUCAAAAGAUCUUUGUUUCACCUUCAUUGCUAAAUAUCAUUUCAAAUGGGAUUGUAAGUUUUGAAAUGUGGAUACGCAGAACUUUGGUCUCAGUGCUAUGAAGCAAUACUGCCGUCAUAUGGUUAAUAUCGAUCCUAAUUAUUCUCUAUACAACUUUUGAUGGCUUUCCAUCAAGCCUCCAUCAUACAGUCUCGAUGAUCUCUCCAAUUUACAUACUUUUGUGAGUAAAAUUGACUCCUUUAAACCCUAGGAGUGACCAGCAUCUAAUUUCCUCAUACAGUUAUACUGCUGAAUCAUUCAUAAAGAUCAUGAGAAUAAAGGAAAUGAUCGCCAAACGAAGAAGCUUUGUUUGUUAAACAAAUUAUCUGUGUCGGUUCCAGAGGUGAGAGAAGAGUUUAGAGAAUAUAGAUACUGAUGCAAGGGCGUAAAGUGUUGAGCGAAUAUCAACUUCUAUACCCAAAAAGUCUAAUAAAAGCAUCUAUUCACGCUUAGAUCUGUCAUGCAAAUUGGUCAAUUUACAAAUAAAAAUAAGCAGAAAUUAUUUUGUGAAGAAAUUUGUUUCCCUAAAAAUCCCCUCUAUGAAAUACGAGAGUAAGUAUCGUGCGCAACAUGUAUUUAAAGUUAUCCAGUUGUGUUAGUCCUCCUACUUCGAUUUUAUAGAUCUUCGUUGGAUUUUCAGCGUCAACUGAAUUGUCAACAAUUUUCAACCUUAUACCGCCAUGAUGUUGAAAAUUUUGGAGGAAAAAAAUGGCUGUGUUUUAUAAUUCAAACGGGGUGUGCGCCUUUCAAUUUCGCUUUAAACGGACAACUUCUCCUAAACAACGGGGGUUCGUAUUUGAAUACGAAAAUAGAGAGGGCUUUUAUUUGAUUUUUUAGUGAGUGGUCGGCAGACCUUCGCAGCUGGCUCCGGCUUGUACCGAGAAGGGAAGUUUUAAGAACUUAAUUUUAAUAAUGACUAUUUUUUCAUUUCGUCAGUUUUCUUAGGAGCAAGUCAGGUUAGUCCAGGCUUUUUAAUUAAGUUAACUUUGUUCGAUUUCUAAAGAGUGAAAUACUAAUCUCGAAAAAUUACUUUAAAAUAUCUCAUGACAUGAAAUUGACGGACAUGACAACUUUGCUUCCUCUUUUAUUGAGGAUUUUGAAUUUGAAAUUCUGUUCAACUUCUGUUAAACAGAUGUUGAUUCUGUUCUAUUCCCAGAAAGUCGUAACUUAAUAGGCUCUUCAGGCGUUUAGAAAAACACCCCUUAUUUUCAGAGACUCUCAUUACUCAGAUGGUCUCGACGUUUUUUCGAUUCAAGGCAUUACUUCGACAAGCAAAUAACCUGCCGUUAAUUAUUUUGCUUUAUUGAGGACCGCUACUUCUGGAAAUACAGAAAUCGCUUCAGGUAGAAAUGAAGACCAAAUAAGAAGAAGUUUUGAUAAGACAAGUAAUUCACCGAAAGUUUCCUUGGAGAAUUCAGCUGAGACUCGUGGCUCAAUCAUGAUGGACGAGUUGCAGUGUGAGGGCUUUUUUAAGUAUUACCCGUCUCUUCUCCAAUUAAAAGAACUUCGAUUAACUUUCAUUGCCAACUGCAGCAUUAACAAUUUUCUGACGUAUACUGCGGUCAUGUUGAACAUUACAACAAUUUAUGCGAUACAGAAAACUACAUUGUUGCCAAAGACUUUAAGAACAUUACUGCUGAGUCUCGCUGUUUCUGAUAUUGGCGUUGGUUUAUUUGUUCAACCAUUUCACUCAUAUUUUUUGGUCAUUUGGAUGCAACUCCAAAGUCCCAGCUGUAUAACUUACCAAAUAAACAAUGUUGUUACCACGCUAUUUGCGGUUGCUUCUUUCCUGGGUGUUGUGGCUCUAAGUGUAGACAGGUUCUUUGCCAUCCAUUUUCAUCUCAGAUACAAUGAGAUUGUGACUCACAAGCGCGUUGUUGCUGCAGUGAGCUCAGUUUGGAUCUUCAGUGUUUUCGUUUCUUCAACGAAACUGUGGUGUCCUGUUGAUACUGGGAAGAUUGUUCUUUUGGUUAUUGUAGCUACAGGUCUCGCUGUUACCACUGUUGUGUAUACCAGGCUAAAGGUAACUGUUCAACGGCACAAGAAUCAGAUUCAGUCCUUGCAAGUACAGGAAGUAGCUCAAGCCAGUGAUACCAAUAAUUAUUUCGGCCAAAUCAAAUCUACGGUUUGUGUAUUUUACGUAUAUAUCGUGUUGUUAGUGUGUUGUUUUCCAUACGCUAUUUGUAUCGUUGCUAUUCAAAUCAAUGGCCCGACUAUCUCUUUAAAAGGAUUUCAUAUUUUUUCCCUGACUCUGGUACUCCUCAAUUCAUCUCUAAACCCUGUAAUUUACUGCUGGAAGAUGAGACACAUUCGACGCGCAAUCGUGAACAUACUGCGGGACAUGUCUUGGGCCAGAAAUUUCCCAUUGCGAUUACACAACAAUCGAUCGUCGAAUGUCGUACAUGUUGAGAACUGAACGGCAAAGCAAAUCGAGGGAGGACGAACGAGAAUGUUAUUGAAACAGACUGAUACAAAGGUGCUGGAACAAUUUUGCAACUUCAAUUUUUAAUUAAGUAUUUUAUUGUCAAAUUACAUGCCAAACGGUGAAAGAACUAAUCAGACAAUAGCCACAGAGUGGAAUCGGAGUGAAACAGGAUUGCUUGUGUCAUUUUCGAUAGAAAUUGAAGUUGCGGCCAUUUUUUAAAUAAAAAUUAAAGUAACUUGUUUGACGUGUUAAAUAGCGUUUUUUUUUUUGAUAUGAAUAUCAAAGAACAGAUGGUUUUCUUCUUCCAUGGAAAAGAAACUUCUCUGUGGCAUAAAAAGGAAAUCAAAAUUGUCUUUUCCGACUUCGAACUUUGUCUAAAUUUUUAGCUAUACAAUAGUUGUUCGUGUCAUACCUUGACGGAAUAAAAAGUCGUUUGUUAUGGAUACAACAAGCAGUUAUUCAGUGAGGCUUGCGUGGAGAAUUUGAAUGACAUAAACUUCCGCUUUUGGAUUACUUUGAGCUGUAUUGGCUUUUUUUUUCUAGUAUGAUGACUCGUAUUUAAAGUUGCCCACCGUUUGUAAAGACGUUUAAUUUUGGAAAGAGAAACUAAACAGAAAUCGAGUUCUGUUGUCUUAAACCUUUACUCAGUAAGAUUCGAUGCUUGAAUUCCUGUGCCCUAUCUUGCAGAAGUUGACUGAGAAACUUAUUUUUUCAAUGGGGAAAAACCAGGUAAUUAUGAAUGGUAGAAAAUUGUUAAGGACAGAAACGAUGAACAGGACUUAAAAACGAUUCUGUAUUGAUAAGAUAUUAAGCUAUUAACAUUUUUUACACCAAUGAGCUUUCCAAGGACUAGUCCUCUCAAAAAAACACAUUAUUUAUGAAAACAAGAGCAGUAGUUGGCAUCAUUCGAAGCCGCGUCACCAUGAAGGCUCUUUGUGCCCUCCACCCCUCCCCCGUCGUCUGAAACUUCAAGUUCCUAAAAAGGACUAUUUCUCCUUUCUCACCCUCCAUCCUGUACGGAAACUCUAGAAUAGUGUUCUUGUUCUUAUUCCUUUAAGUUAGGUUGUGUUGUUGUACAAAGUAUUCACGUCUUUGAAAGCCUGUAUUUGUUUUGGCUCUAAGGAUCGUAGGUUUUUGAUAAGGCGUGCAGCAGACAGUAAUCAGUUAAUCUGGUCGACUAUUCAGAAAGACAAUGAAUCGCCUUGUGAUAAGCCUUUAAUCUCUAACAAAUUCCUUUCUCAAAGAAGCCCUCUUUCCCCCCCUCCCCCGCCCUGAAACCGGGGGCUAAUGAGAGUGUCUAUGGUAAUAAGACCACAGGUCUACCAAUGUGGAUGCGCUUAAUCCUGUUUUUUUACAGCUUAAUUUCAAAAAAGGAUUGACAACGCUACUUUUGUUAUUGGCGAUAUUCGAUAUUUUCCUACGAAAUUUCUAUCCUCCAUGAGCACUUUUGGAUUAUGUAGACCUGAAACGCCUUUUUAUGAUCCUCCGCGAGUCAUUUACGUUUAGAGAAGCUGGCUUCGACCUCUAUCGAAAACGAAAGUUUUGAAAACCUAACUUUGAUCGGAGUAAGUAUUCCUUUACAACAUCUGUUUCCUUACACGCGAGUUACCGUCUACCUUUCUUGUUCGAUUAACUUUGUUCGAAUUCUAAUACUGUGAGGUAAAUUCAAUUUAAAAACUCACUUUGACUUGUCAAGCAUGAUGCUAAUUUUGUGGCCUAAUUUACGAGGAUUUUGACAUUUUUUAAAAUAAUAUUUGACAUCACAAUGAAUUUUUGUAACAAUGUGAACACCCGCUUAUUGCCCGAAGUAAAUUAUCUUUACCCAUCGACGAAGUACAUGAAGUGAACUAUCACUCAAAAUUCCGAAGUAAACGACGUUUUACUAUUAAGAGUAAAAGGUUAUCGCCAUCAAACAAAGUAUUUCGUUUUACUUAAGACCUUUUCCUUAUGAAGUAGAGAAAAGCUUUAGACUUAAAUGUUUGAUCAUGAAGAAGAAUUUUUGAAGCGUUGUCUUGAAACUUUCAGUUCCCUUAAAAUUCCGGAUCUCCCCUUAGAUUUGAUACAGGUGACUUAAUCAUGAUUAAUGAACUGAAGUGUAAAGAGUUUCUGCAGUAUUUCCCCUUUUCUUACGACUUUAAAAAAUCUUCAUUCUUCUUUCUUUGCCAGCUGCGUCUUCAAUAAUUUCCUAACCUAUACUGCGGUCAUGCUGAACAUUGCGACAACGUGCGCGAUACGAAAAACUACAUCAUUGCCAAAAACGCUUAGAACACUGAUGCUGAGUCUUUCUGUUUCUGAUAUUGACGUUGGUUUAUUUUUUCAACCACUUUACUUAUCACUUCUGGUCAGUUGGUUGAAUCACAACAAUCCUAGCUGUAAAAUUUACCGGAUAUUCAGUGUUGCUGGAAAUUUAUUUUCUUAGGUGUUGUGGCUCCAAUGAAUUCGUCAGUGAAGUGAGAAAAAAAAAUUUCAGUGAGCGAGGCGUGAAAAAAUGGCGGAAAAUUGUUUUACCCCAGAGCUUACAACUAAAGAAAUAAUAGAAUAUGCGACUCCAUAUCCACUAAAAAAGCCACUUAACUGGGUAUAAAAAUAUUCCAAGUAACGUAAUACAAAAUCACGCAGUUUUUAUUUGCUAAAUGCAUAACAGGAUUUGUUAACAUUUUCGACCAGCGAAAGUCUUCCGGUCAUUGUGUGCGAAUUUACUUGAACAGUUAUUCUGCCCAGGCUCGCCGAAUAUGAGAUUAUUAUAACCAACUCAUAUUCGGAGCGCCCUUUUUAGAGUAAUUGUUAUCAUAAGUAAAGUGAAAAAGUUUGCGGUCUGUCAUCGUGAUGAGUACACUUGUGUAAUUUGUAUAAUCGUUUGUCCCGUUAGGCUCAAGCAAAAGUUUACGGUAAUCAUUCCACAAAUAUCAGCAGGUGUUUCUGACCUGAAGUGAAAAAGGUGUCAGGAGUGUUUUUUUUUCAUUUCGGUUCCUUUUGAAUUUUGAAGAAAUUGGGUAAAUAUGACUUUUAGUCGAAUUCUAGAAUUUUGAAGCGGUGAAUAAUAUUUAAAGGUUCGAAGAAAAUAAUCAUAUAACACUUUUUUUGACAUACAUGAAAUCUAAGUUUUAGUCAUUGUAAUUUUGCGCCUUUCACUGGCCAUUUUUCAAUUUUAGAUCAAUGAGUGCCUUUAUUCUCUUAAUUGCUCUAUGAAAGUUUUUUUCUGUGACAGAACAUAACUGGGAACUUUUACUAGUCUGAACUCUGGAUGCGCUAAAUCCUGGGAUCUAAAGCUUGAACCAUUAGCAGUACUGCCAUCAAGUAUCAAUUUUUUGGGGCGAUACUAGAUAUCUUUGCUUGUAAUUUCUUUAAUCCACAAUCAGCUUUUGGUUAUCCGAAUCUGUUUUUUUGCCACCUUGCGAAGCAUGUGGCUGCGUUAACUUACCUGUCAAUUUUGAAUAUAGCAAUCACACUUUUUAAAAAGCAGAUGUUUUAGUGUCAUUACAAACUACACAUGCGUGAGAUUUUCAGAAACACGCUUGAGUUUCAUUUGAAAGUUUCUUAAUUUCGUUUCACUUAAGAUUAUCGCGUUCGGUAGGGAAAAAGUUGUCUAAAGAUGAAACGAGAGUGACCACUGACACUGGAACAGAAAUUAACUUGGGGCAGUAUCGGUAAAAAUUUAUUUUCCCUUGCUUCCAUUCCUCUAUUCAUGAUAAUAAAUUUGAUAUCAUGGACGAAUCGGUUUGCAACCAGGCAGAGUACUUUCCUUCGUACGCCGACUUUGCAGUUCUUCGCUCGACCCUUAUUGCCAAUAGUAUCUUCAACGUUUUUUUAAUUCAUACCACUAUCAUGCUGAAUAUUGUCACAAUCUGCGCAAUACGGAGGGCUUCGACCUUGCCAAAUAAUUUGAAAACGCUACUGAUGAGCCUUGCCAUUUCUGAUGUUAGUGGAGGUUUGCUGGGCCAACCCGUUUUCACCGCAUUUCUGGUCAGCUGGCAACGACUAAAUGAUCCUAACUGCAACGCUUACCGAAUGCUGAAUAUUUCUGGGUAUAUGUUUGCUUCUGCUUCGUUCCUGGGUGUAGUGGCUGUAAGUGUGGACAGGUUCUUAGCCAUUCAUUCGCAUUUAAGAUAUCUAGAACUUGUGACUCCAGUUCGUGUCUUUGCUUUAGUGAUCUCAAUAUGGGUAUUUAGUGCAUUUCUCUCUGGUACGGUAUUUUGGGCUUCGGUCAGCACUCGUGAUAUUAUUAUUAUAGUUACCAUAGCCUUUGGUUCAAUUCUCACCAUUGUGUUGUACCUCAGGAUAUAUUUAACUGUCCGACGGCACAAGAAUCAGAUCCAGUCCCUACAAGUGCAUGACAUAAGUCAGUCUGGUGAAAUGACAAAUUUGGCUGGUCUUAUUAAAUCUGCAGUUGGCGCAUUUUACAUAUAUCUGUUUUUUUUACUUUGCUAUUUGCCUUAUUCUCUUUUGAUCGUUGUCAUCAAAAUUCAUGGGCCGAGCAUCGCUUUGAAAAGAGUUUAUCUUUUCUCAGUAACUCUUGUGUAUCUUAAUUCAUCACUGAACCCUGUAAUUUACUGCUGGAAGAUGAGACACAUUCGGCAUGCUAUCAGGGACAUACUGAGGAACAUAUCUUGGAAUAUAAACAGUCCAUCGCAUUCAUUUUACAGACAGUCGUCUGGGUGA